CCGCUACAGAAGGCGUGAGCGCGCGCGCAGGAGCGUCCCUGCAGCACAGCAAAGCGGAGCAGAGCUGGGCAGCGCGUGCCCCGGAGCCGCGAGGAGCGAGCGAGCGAGCUUCGAGGAGCGUUCACGGAACCAGCGAAGAUGGACGGAGUGGGAUCGUUCGGAGCGGGCCGCGCCGGGUCCACUAUCGACCCUAUUAGCUUCGCCAAACAGCCACAAACCAUCCUCAGAGCCUUGUCGUGGAUCUUCUCGCUGGUGGUGUUCGCUUCCAUCGUGAACGAGGGCUACGUCAACAUAGGCAGCGAGCGUCUCUAUUGCGUCUUCAACAAGAACGCCGACGCGUGCAACUACGGUGUGUUCGUGGGCCUGGUGGGCCUCCUGGCCUGCUCCUUCUUCUUGCUGCUCGACUACAAAUUCUCUUCCAUCAGCUCCGUCAAGGACCGCAAGAAGGCCGUCAUGCUUGAGAUCGGCUUCUCAGGUUUUUGGGCCUUCUUGUACUUUGUAAGUUUCUGCUUCCUGGCCAACCAGUGGUCUCGAACAACCACGGCUGAGCUGCCCCUCAACCAGGGCGCUGACGCAGCUCGGGCUGCAAUCGCCUUCUCUUUCUUCUCCAUCAUCACUUGGGCCGGUCUUACAGUGCGCGCGGUGCAGAAGUACCUGCUGGGCACUGACAUGACCCUGUUCACCUCAGAGCACUUGGACGGCGCAGCCCCCACCCAGCCGUUACCCUCCAACUCGCCGGGGGGAGGGGUCACCGCCGAGCCCACAGACACCUACCAAAACCCUCCGUUUACAGAGAACAACGCAGCACCCACAUACCAGGUUCCCAUUUAUUAGAGAUGAUACGUAGAAAAAGAUGAGGCGAGGGGAACUAAAAUAUAAUUGCUCUCUGUCGCGGUCCGCUCGCAGUCACUGUGGGCUGAUUUUCCAAAGGUGGUACAAAAAAAAAAUCAAAUCAAAUCAAAUUCAGCCGCUUUGUUUCCUCCUCUUGUUGUUUACGUGAACAUUCCAGCUUGAUCUGCACUUUUCUAGACUCACUGUCAUGCAGAUUAGGAUAAAACUGAUUCAAAAAAAAAAAGGAAAAGCAAACAAGAGGAGGAACCAUAAAUGAGGCCAUUUUUGCUGUAUUCACACCCAAAAUCGGAGAUCAACUCGUAAGCAGUAUGACAAAAAGCACCUCCACUUGAAAUCUAAACUAUUCCCUCUCAUGGCAAACUGUUCAGAGGAAUGUUUUUAUUCAUUUCAUGUUCUCCUCUUUUUGCUGCAGUUAAACGGUGAUCAUGUGUAUUGAAUCUGCAUGUUUGCAAAUGUAGAGAUAGCAACUGAAGUGCCAUACUGUACUGACAGUGACUUAACUGAGUAGAUUUCCACAUGCUGAACAUCAUCAUCAUCAUCACAACGACAAUGUUUUUUGUGACUAAGUGCAAUAUCUUUCAUUCUCAUGCAGAUUGCUGUGUACUAUACUGUACUGUGGUGUAAGUAGACUACUUUGUGGUGAAUAUAGAAAGUGAAACCAUACCCUGGUCAAAUAUCUCGAUGGCUUUUUGAAAAAAAAGAUGUGACCUAUCAUCUGUACAAAUGGGGAGCCCCUCCAAAUUCGAAUAAUCAAAAUGAUUUUUAAUGUAGAUGUAAAGGUAGUAAAUGAUCUCUGUAUCAUGAGUUUUAAUUUUUUGAUAUUCAAAAUGAUUGACACAUACGAGUAUCCUACCUGUGCAUAGUCCCUGGAACAAAAUAUUUCAUAUUAUUGUAAAGGUUAUAUGUCACAUUCUUUUUUUGGGAAAAGUUCAUUCACGUUGUCACAGGUGUGUUCGCUUUCUAUACAUUCAUCAUCAAACCACUGGUAGGCUCUGCCUCAAAUGACACACUCUAUUCAGCUUUGAAUUGUACUACCAAAACUCAGGCAAAUUUGACUUGUAGAAUUUUGAUUCCAAUUCAAGCUUUAAACGAAUAUUUAUUUUCGUCGUGCAUGUUAUGGUGAAAUGCAACAUAUUCCUCCCUAAUUGAGGUGGACUCCAGCCAAAUGUACGUGUAUCAAUUUCUGUACCAGGGAAUGUAGGUGGUGUGUCAUUUGAGACGGCGCCCUAGGUCGAAUCUUGUUUCGAGUGAGUAGGCAGAUUCGUUUGUACGCCAGGUGUGUUUCUGUUUACGUUUUAGAAAGCUGCCAAACUGCCCUUUUGUUCUUAUGAAUCUUUUCUUCUUUUUGGAGACAUUACUGCUGUCUGUUUACGGGGACUCGCGAGAAAGGGCGGGCAGAGGAUGUCGUGUGGUCACACGCCAAAACUAUAAAUCUCCUUUGGGGUUCUGUUGCCAUGGUGAGAGGGAGGGAGGAGGGCCGCCAAGGUGCAAGCGUGACAGUCGUGUGUAUGCUUGAGCGUGCGGAUGCGUUAAACAUGUUGUUGCGUUAAAAUUAUUUUCAAGAACAAGGUUUAGCACCGAGGAAGGACGUUGCUAUACUAAUUAAUAGAUCUAUUAUACCAAAUCCGUUUGAUUAUUUUCAAAUCCGUUUGAUUAUUUUCUUCGCGCUUCAGACUUGCCUGUGCUGAAUUUGCACCAGCGCCCUCCGCUGGACAGAACUGGUAUGACCGCAGAGGGACAACUAACGCUGUCUUUUAAAAAGUAAUCAUCAUAGGAAAAUGCAUGAUAGUAUUGUAUGAAACUAACACUGUAAAGAUUCCACAGCCACGAAUGCAGCUGACAGCGUCCUCUACUGUUUCACACAUUUUACUAAUGAUUAUCAUACUUCCAAUGCAUAUGAACGCGCUACAUCCCCCCCAAAACUUGCAUGAUGCUGCUGUGUAAACUUCGGACUGUUCUUCAGUGUUUCAUUUCCUGUGAGGCUCUGGGACGAUAAUGGGCCUUAGAGUCUUUGAGUGGCACAGUCUGCUGACCCUUUAUUCAAUUUCAACAUCGCUAAUGUCACAAUCACAUCAAUUGAGUCCCAAUGAAAGCAAACAAUUUAUCCAACCGUGUGAGUCUUUGUCACUUAAAUUAAGACCCACAUGGGGAGAAAAUCAAAUUCAAAGGCAAUGUAGAAGCAGUAGAGCAAUGUCAAGUGAGGCUGAUGGUCGGGUCAGGUUGUAUUGUUCUCUUUUUCUGUCAGUCAGUGUGGUAGACAAAAAAAAAAAAAUUAAGUCCAACAUUUUCUGUGUUUUGUGCUCUGGCCCAUGUACACUGCUGUGUGUUGGUUGAUUGUACAAUUCAGUAUGUUAUUUAAAUAAUUGGAACAUGUAUGUGAUGAUGUCCAAGGUCUGGUUUGUCCUGUACUCCUUUUCAAGAAAAAAAAUCUCUCUCUAUACAGUAUAUAUACAGUAUAUACAUGACAAAUAAUUAUGAACAAAAGUGCGCUCUUGUUCAGAAAUACUUUCAGCACUUCUAAAUGGGCCAUGGACACAAAAAUUUAAGUCUGUGAUCAUGCUGUAGUUUCGUUGGACUGAGAUAUAAUACAAGUGAUUUGUAGUAACGCUGGUGCUGUUAAUUGUGAGGGUUCCAGUAUAAUUCUUUGCAUGGAUGUUAAAAUUUUUCCUCCGUCAGAUUGGUGAUGGAAAUCAAAAGCCCAUCAACUAACAAGUGAGUUUUCAUUUUUGCGUGCUGCCUUUACGAAAUGCCUUGAGUUCUUCCCCCCCCCUUCUUGUUUUGACGGUGUUUUGACUUCUGUGUAACAAAAAAAAAAAAAAAAGAGGAAAAGGAAAACGCUGUGUACAGACAUGUGUCACUCGUUCAUGAGUGUCUCUGGACUGCAGUCUGAGCAUCACUCCCAAUUAAAAAAAAAAAAA